AUGAACAGCUGUUAAUGAGUGUUAUCUGUAUAAAAUUUGUUGUUUAUCUUACGUGGUUAUGGAAAAGUAGACUUUGAACUGUGGUUUACGAGUCGGGGUAGUCCGCGUAUACAGCGGUCGGGGUACGAUAUGCUCCGGAGAAUUAGUAGCUUGGUCGGAAAAGGACAUAUUCAGCUUAACAGUGUGUACACAAAUGCAACUCCCAAAGCUUUCUUAUCAUCAUGCAAGCACAUGAUGGAUGUGCCAAAGAUUCAUGCAGUGCCUGGCAGGGUUUUGAUGGACGAGAAGGUUGAACUUCAAAUCGAAGGUCUGAAGCCUGGUGCUGCUGUCACAGUGAAGUCAUUCCUGGAGGAGAAGGGGAUGAAGUUUGGAGCUUAUGCACAUUUUAUUGCCAACAGUAAUGGAGAAGUGAACACUGCCACAUCUCCAUCUCUAGGUGGAUCAUACACAGGGACAGAUGCAAUGGGAUUAUAUUGGAGUAUGGUACCAGAGCCUGGUCAACGAGAUGGAUUGAGACUGAUGAAGAAGGAUGUUACAACACCCUACAAUGUACAUAUAUCAUUGCUCAGUGGGUACAUUGACCCAUACUCUCCCAACAACAACAAAGUUCAGGUCCCAGUAGCUGAGACUUAUGUUGAAAGACUUUAUAUGGCUGAUAAUGUGGAAAGAAUACCAGUUAGAGAAGGAGCUUUACGUGGAGCGCUCUUUGUACCAAAAGGCCCUGAUACUUUCCCAGGUGUGAUGGACCUGUUUGGAUCAGGAGGUGGCUUGAUAGAACACAGAGCUGCACUGCUGGCAUCAAGGGGAUUUGUUGUGUUAGCAUUGGCAUAUUUCUCCUAUGAAGAUUUACCAGAUGAUUUUUUAGAUGUGGACUUAGCUUAUUUCAAGGAAGGUGCAGAAUGGCUAAGUCACCAUCCAAGUGUGACUCCAGGUGGCAUUGGAGUGAUUGGAACAUCUAAAGGUGCACAAAUUGCUCUGCUCAUGGGAGUGUACUUUCCUCAGGUAAUAAAGGCAGUUGUAAAUGUCAGUGGCCCAGCAUACCAAUUUUUUCAGGCUAUGAAGUUUGGGGAUGAAAUUAUUGAUACUGUUGAUCAAGAUUAUACAAAAGCAACAAUGAGCAGUGAUGGAAUUUGCUUCAAAAAUAUUUACCCAAAGGAAAUACAGGACGAAUGGGUCAUAAAGGUGGAGCUUAUAGAGGUCCCUCUGUUGUUAUUUUUUGGUGAAGAUGAUUCUUUAUUUGAUGCUCACCAAAGUGCUGAAAUAUUUUCUGAACGGUUACGUUCUUAUGGACACAAAGACUAUGAGAUCCAUGUAUAUGAUGGGGCAGGACAUCUUAUUGAACCUCCUUAUGCUCCACAUUGUAAAGGAUCUUUCCACAAGUACCUAGGAACUAAUAUGGCAUGGGGAGGAGAUGCUCAGGCACAUAUAAAAGCUGAGGUCCAUCACUGGAAGAGAACACUGGAAUUCUUCAGGAAACAUUUGUCUGCACCAUUGCCCUCUAGAUUAUGACACAUACAUAUGCAUACUUUUAAUUACUUAUAGAGAAAAAAAUAUGGAUAUUUUGACAAUUUCCCCAUAAACAGCAAGUUACAUGUAAAAUUUAUAUAAAUGUGUAUUUGAGGACAAACUUUGAAUUAAAAUGACAAAGCAUUUCAAUGUACUGAUUGAAAUGGUUAACACACAUUUUGUAUACAUAACAGAUACAUACAUGGUUUCUUGUUUUAUUCAGAUAGGAAUUAGUGGUUUUGAGGUAAAUUCUUCUGCGAUUUUCAAAAUAUUUUUUCAGCUACAGUAAAUAACUGUUUUGUCCAGAUAUUUUGUUUAUUGGCUGUUUAUAUGCCCAUCUUGCUCUUCAAAUCUAGUUUAUGUAGCAAAUGUGUGAAAACAUAAACAACCAAUUCAGUGACAACAGUCAAGUUAUUUGGCAAGAUAACAUUUUUAUCAUCAGAAUGUUUGCAAGUCUACACUUACAGAAAUGACUACGCGUUCACGCAAUCAUCUGUGCCCUACUAAUGUUUACACACACUGAGAACAAUUACUCGGAAACGACUACAAAAAUAGUUAAAAAUGGACGUUUUAACAAAGCAAAAGUAAAGAAGAAAAAAGAUCUAAAUCUUAUUUAUUGUCUUUUUAUCAUUCAUGAAGGUAUCAUUCGGUGAUUAUUUAUUUAUUUGAUGUUAAAUAUUUUAUAAAUAAAGAUUAUUUUAGCCUGUUAAAUUUUGUCAUAUUAUCCGUCGUGUGGGUAACU